GAACAGUUCACUGCGCAGGUGACGGCUUGUGAGGGCAGACAGACUGCGAGCCACCACAUACUACCCCAGCAAUGGAGGUCCUGGGUGUUGAUAUUACCCUGCCCCUGACUCUACUCGCGGGGUUCCUGGUGUUUGUAUACAUAUAUGGUAAAUGGCGGUUCCGCUUGAUGAGGAACGCUGGUAUUCCCGGUCCAGAACCCGACAUCUACUUAGGGGAUCUUCGGCGUACCAUGAGAGAUGGUUUCGACCUGGAGAACAAACUGGGCAAGCAGUAUGGAGACGUAUUCGGAUUCUGGUUAGGAGGCCUUCCCAUGGUCAACGUGUUCGACCCCGAUAUCCUAAAGGAGGUCCUGGUAAAGGACUUUAAGACCUUCACUGACAGAUUGUCGUUUGAACUCGAUGACUUCCCACUUUCCACUAAUCUGUUCAAUGUGCAAGGGGAAACAUGGAGAAGACUACGCAACAUCGUCAGUCCAACAUUCAGCGGGGUCAAGCUUCGACGGAUGUGUGCGGGACUUAACACAUGCGCUGGAAAACUAACCGAUAACUUUGCUGCCGCCGCCGAGUCAGGGGAAACCGUAGACGUGAAAACUUACUUUGGUGCUUUUUCCAUGGAUUCCAUCGCCAGCACCGCUUUUGGCAUCGACACCCAGUCCCAAAAUAACCGUGAGAGCGGUUUCAUAACAGCAGCCAAGAAAGUAUUUGAGACUAAUGUUUUCGCAAACCCAGUGCUGUUCAUUGCACUGAUCUUUCCGAGUGUGCAACCACUGCUAGCAAAACUAGGGUUUUCAUCGAUACCUCGGGCAUCUAAGAAUAUUUUUGAGAAGACUGCGAAAGAUAUGAUCAAGCAAAGGCGGGAAGAACCGGAGGAAGACCGACGUCGGAGGGGUGACUUCCUCCAGCUGAUGCUGAAUGCUGAGAGUGACGUCACAGAAAACGGGAACAAUGACAAAUCACAUAAGAAAAUGUCAACCGAUGAAAUGAUUGGCCAAGCAUUCAUGUUCUUUCUCGCUGGAUACGAAACUACGGCGAGCACUCUCCAGUACGUGGCGUACAUUUUGGCAACUCACCCCGACGUUCAACAGAAGAUGUCAGAAGAGAUAGAUUCAGUCCUCGGAGAUGUAAGUCCCACCUCUGUGUGUUGUUCGAUCAUUUGUCUCCCUGUGAUGUAAGUCUCACCUCUG